AUGUGAUAAACAGUUGAGACACGAACAAUCAGACAGUUGACUUCUCUGUUAACUUCAACAGGCCUCGACACAAUGGAAGUCCUACUCGGAGGAUUCGGUCCGACAGAGGACGCCACUAAGGACACUCAGUGGCUUUGUGAUCUGGUGAAGUCCGAUGUGGAGAAAAAGACAGGAAAGGAUUAUCAGGAAUACAAAGCAGUUAAAUACAGGAAUGAAAUUGUCCUUCAUUUUGUGACAGGAACCAGCAUCCUUAUCAAGGUUCAUGUUGGAGGAGAAGACUACAUUCAUCUGGAAAUCUACCGAGCUCUUCUGCCUCACAUAGGAAUGGUGCCUCACACUAAUGUAAAGGACAAUCAGACCAUAGACAGCCCCCUCCAACCAUUUCAGAAACUGAUCCCAGAACCAGUCUCACCAUAAAAUCCUUAAAGGCUGCAGACUAGGGGUGACCCCGAAUAGUCGAAGAAUCGAUGCAUCGAUAUGCGGAGGCUGAUUCGACCAUCAAUCUCACAGUCAAAUCUUCGCAGGUGUUAUUAUCAAACGAGGAUCAUACCAUUUUGGCAAUAUGGGGGUGCUCAAUGUCUAAUUUAAUUUCACACAGAACUACUGGUUUUGUACGGUUAUAUUAACUUAUAUACAGCCUUUAAUUAUGAUCAUGCUGUAAAAAGAAAGAAAGAAGCGUUCAAUAAAUAUUUUUUACGUGUGUGUGUGUGUGUGUGUAAAUCCAACCACCCCUGUGACAGAUUUAAAUUUCACUUUCCCUGAUCCGUGACAGACAAGGAGCAUCUUGGCGGCCGGGAUUAACGUUACUUAAUGUCUGGAAAAAGAAAAUCUAAAGUGUGGAUGCACUUGGAAUGGUAAAAGAUGAUCCAACAAAGUAAAAGGCAAGUUGUGCCAACAGCUCAUGUCCUACCACUCGUCAACAACAACAAGUUUGUUACUUUCAUAUAUAAUGGCGCUUUUAAUUUACGAAUAGCAAUAUCAUAUAUUGGGACUUAAAAUAGAUAGAUUUUUUCUAGAUCCAAAAAAGGAAAAGAGAAAUCAGGGACAAACUUGCAGAGUUCAUGAGGCCAGUGAAUGUUGUGGACGGUGAAGGUUUUUAAGAAUUAUUGUACACACACACAUAGAUGAUUCGACUAUCAGUCGACUAUAGAAAGAUUCGACAAUUCUGAUUUGAAUGUGUAAAUCCUUAGUCAGGGACACCCCUACUACAGUCUCGUGUUAAAAUCUUCUGCUUCUUUAUUCUGAAAUGAUUUAACACUGAUUUUGAAUGUUUUAACGCUGAGAGAUGAAGAGAUUUGGUGGAAUGCAGUAAGAUUAAAGCUUUAAAAUGAUUUAUAUUUAUUUUUCCUGUUUGCUCACAAUGUCCUUUAACCCCAAAUAAAUGUUUUGCCACUAUCCUA